AUGCAGAGCGUGCAAUCGUUUACGAACAGGGCAGGACCUCAACUUCUCUCUGGUUUUGGCAACAUAUUCCUGCUCGGAGUUCUGACGGUACAAGUCUUCAUAUACCACACCGUAUUCCACCAUGACCGCCUUGUCAUCCGCGUCCUAAUUUACAGUGUAUACAUCCUCGAAUCUCUACAAACCGUCCUGCUCAUCCGCGACCUAUUCCGCAACUUUGCCGAAGGCUUCGCGGACCCCGAGUCCCUCGACCAAAUUGGACUACUAUGGUUCUUCCGCAAACAAACACCAAAAGACGCUAGAAACAAACUAACAAUCCAGAAGAUUGCACGGAUCACAAUCGGUACGGGCGCAUUAACCGGUUCGUCCCUUCCCAUCGAUUACAUUGCAUCUACCCCGAAUAUUCUCUUAAUCUACACACAAACAGCAACAACAGCAAUCCUCUGCUGCGUCCUCAACUUUAUCCCUUCCAAACCAGCCUACUACCAAACAAGCACCGCCAUCCUCGGAAAACUCUACUCAAACUCCAUGCUCGUCCUCCUCAACUCGCGCAUGUCCAUGUCCGAGUUUGGUGGCGAUGCUGCUUGGAGGGAGAGGUAUGUAAUGUCGUCAAUCGAGUUUCGGGACUUGCCUGGCUUUGAGCAGCAGCAGCAGCAGCAAGGGAGGAGGGGGAGCAGGGGGAGAUCUUCGGGAGCUUCACCGGGGUCGGGGUCGGUGUCGGGGAUGGCCCCGGGAGAGAGGGAGGAAGAGAGGAAUAGUGAUUUCGUUUCAAGUAUAGGUUCCCAUCAGGAUGGGAGCUUAUACGAUCCAGGACAUUGCGUUAGUAGGGUGUAG